CGACACCUGAAUACUCGAUCGACGCCAGAAUCCUUCAAAUCCCAAGACUCGCUUCACGGGAGCUUUUAAACAUCUGCUACUUCCUGAUCUACGCUGCUCCUUUCACCUACCGAAAAUCCUUUCAAAAAAUGGCAAAGCUAUCACUCAUCCUACCAUUACUGGCAUCCUGGUUCAUUGCGACAGCAUGUGCGGACUGCUACUGGCCAGACGGAACCAAAUUCACUGACUAUCCAGCAUGUGACGUCCAGGCCAAAGAUGGAUUCAGCAACUGCUGCGGUAACUCAGAUAUGUGUACGACGAAUGGCUUCUGCAAAUGGAACUUCUUCGCGAACAGCUCUCUCCUCUGGAGGAACGGAUGCACCGAUCCAAGUUGGAAUUCGCCGAAUUGCGCCCAGUACUGCAAGACCGACCGAGCUACCGGCAAAUUAUCGAAUACACCACAGCUGGUGGUCGCUUGCUCUCAAACGACAUACUGCUGCUCGACGUACGCAUUCAACGCGUCUGCACUACCCACGGACGAUCCAGCUUUAUAUUCCGGGUGUUGCAGCGACCCGAGUGCGAUCUUCGAUGCUGGAGUAGCGGGCUAUCUCUCCGGAAGGAAGGAUUUCACCACUUCGCAAUUCCCAAUGACAGCCACUUCCACCGCCAGUUCAUCUACGUCGCCCACGACCAGAACUUCAGCACCCCCAUCAUCAUCACCAUCAUCGUCAUCAUCAACAGGAGCCAACUCCGCAGCUCCCUCCUCGCAACCCAGUGAGCUGACUUCAGGCGCCAAAGCGGGAAUCGGCAUCGGUGUCGCCGUCGCGGCAGUCGUCGCAGCCGCACUGGGCGCAUGGCUAUUUCUGAGGUUCAAAGCGCGACGCAGAGCGACGGCAUCCAGCAUCAGGGCUGCAGAGGUACACGAUGUGAAAGAACCCGUACUCGAUAACAACUACUAUGAUUCAGAGUGGCAGGCAGCUGCGCCACCAUCGGAGUUGGAUUCGCGAGCAGUGGAGCCUGCCGAGCUGCCAGGCAUAAAUCGAAACGGGAGCAGACGGGAAUUACCCUGAGUGGGAGGGGGGUGCGAUCGGUGGAAUCGCGUCGCCUGGACGGGUGAUGAGAUACCGAUGUACAAGCAUUGGAUUUGGGAGCGGCGAGGACCGUAGCUUUCCUCGCUCUUAUAGAGCAAGAUACCCCGGCAUCGGCCAAAUUCGCAUAACGGCCGGAACUUCAAUAUGGACAAGUCACGUUCAAAACGAGGCACCUUGAUGACUUAUACUGAGACUGCGAUUGG